GGGGUGGCGUCAGCGCUCGAGUGAAAGCCAGGCGACUUAAAGGCCGCUCUGCUCCCGUCUAGGCGGGCCAGUUCGCUCAGUGCGCAGGCGCAGAGGUCUCUCCUCGCCAGUCGGCGCCGCGUGCGGGCCAGUGGCGCUGUGGCAGCGGCGGUGAGCGGUCAGGUCUCCUGCACCAUGAGCGGCUUCAGCAGCGAGGAGCGCGCCGCGCCCUUCACCCUCGAGUACCGAGUCUUCCUCAAAAAUGAAAAAGGAGAAUAUAUAUCCCCAUUUCACGAUAUUCCAAUUUAUGCAGAUAAGGAUGUGUUCCACAUGGUGGUUGAAGUACCGCGCUGGUCAAAUGCAAAAAUGGAGAUUGCUACAAAGGACCCUUUAAACCCAAUUAAACAAGACGUGAAAAAAGGAAAACUUCGUUAUGUUGCAAACUUGUUCCCUUAUAAAGGAUAUAUCUGGAACUAUGGGGCCAUCCCUCAGACUUGGGAAGACCCAGGACACAAUGACGAAAACACUGGCUGUUGUGGUGACAAUGACCCCAUAGAUGUGUGUGAAAUUGGAAGCAAGGUAUGUACAAGAGGUGAAAUAAUCAAGGUGAAAGUUUUGGGCAUAUUGGCUAUGAUUGAUGAAGGGGAAACGGACUGGAAAGUCAUCGCCAUUAAUGUGGAUGACCCUGAUGCCGCCAAUUAUAACGAUAUUAAUGAUGUCAAACGACUGAAACCUGGCUACCUAGAAGCUACUGUGGACUGGUUUAGAAAGUACAAGGUUCCCGAUGGAAAACCAGAAAACCAGUUUGCUUUCAAUGCAGAAUUUAAGAAUAAGGACUUUGCAGUUGACAUUAUUAAAAGCACUCAUGACCACUGGAAAGCCUUAGUGACUAAGAAAACUGAUGGGAAAGGAAUCAGUUGCAUGAAUACAACGGUGUCUGAGAGUCCCUUCAAGUGUGAUCCUGAUGCUGCCAAAGCCAUUGUGGAUGCUUUACCACCACCAUGUGAAUCUGCCUGCACAUUACCAGCAGAUGUGGAUAAAUGGUUUCAUCCCCAGAAGAACUAAGAACAAUUCUCUAAAGUGUAAGCGAAUUGCUGCAUACUGUUCAUCUGGAAGUACUAGAUGCAAAAAUAGUAAUUUCUCAGAGCUUUACAUUCACAGAACUAAUCUAACCAAAGCAGAUUCUGUUGUCACCAACCCAAUAAUGUUAAAUUUUCUUUCUCCUCUAAAAGCAUUUUUCUUGUCUUGAUUGAGGUAGAUUUUAGUACAUGCUUAAAUAUCAGAGCAGUUGUGACUUGGAAGUCAUCUGUGAAUGAAUGUGCAAGAUAAGUACCUACUGGAUGUAUGUUUCCCUUGUGUUAGAAAAUAAAGUUAUUUUACUGAAA